ACCUUUCCCGGCCCUUCUGGCUCGCCCCAACUCCGGAUCUGGGCGGAGGGGCCCUGGGGCGUGUUUCCCCACCCCUUGCGGACUUCGGAACUGACUUGGACUGACUGGCACCGGAAAAGGAGUGAGCUCUACUGGACGACAGUGGGUUCGGGUCCUGAAAGAAUGCGGGCCCUGCCGGCUGUGGACGCGCUUGCCAGAAUGCGACCACCUCUCCAGGACCCCAGGGCGGCAGAGGACACUCACACCGCGCAGCCAGCGUGCAAGAGCGCGGUGGAGAGACUAGCGGCUGACCGCGCCAAGUAUGUUCGUAGCACGCCAAGAUCCAGCCGGGGUCCUGUUUCAGAGUGCAGGGUCCCUGAGGCCCCAGGGGCGCAGCACCACAACCCAAUCCCUUCGGCUCUUGCCCCAGCUCCUGUAGCCCGCAGGGCUCUCUCUCGAAAGCCUCUGAGACCCGAUUCGUUGGUCAUCUACCGACAAAAAUGCGAAUUCGUCCGAGGGCCAGGCGCAGACUCUUCCAGAGGGGGGCUGGUGAAGAAAUUUUUCCAGGGGUCUGUCAAGGACAAAAUACCAGUGGCCCCUGAGACGACCGGGGAGUCAGGUGAGGACAAGACGAAGGAAACAGAGGCCGCUUGGACCAAGUUCGGCCAGGCGGCAGCCACUAUCCCAGCUUCUAUGUUACCAACUCCGGUCCCUGUAGUGGCCAUGAAGUACCCAGACGUGCCUUUGGAGGUGGCGUCUAAGGUUCCAGUCGCACCCUCCGGCAUGGAGCUACGGGUGUCGCGUCGCAAAGGAUUGCAGCGCUCUCAGUCAGAUCUCAGCUCCCGCUACUCGAUAGCCAGGGCUGAGUCCGACUCCGACACCUUCUUCCUGUAUUGCGGCCUGGAACCUGAAGUGGUGGAGGCUCUUGGGAGGGAGAACUUCUCUGCUGGAUCCGACUGUGUUACACUCAAAGUGCGUAGCGUAAGCAUGGCUACUUCUGAUAGUAGCUUCUCCAGGCGUAGCGAGGACGGAUUGCAAGAAGAGGAGCUCAUUGAACAGGUGCCUAGCACCACCUCUGUGGUAGAAAGGAACGCCCGUAUCAUAAAGUGGCUGUUCACCUGCAAGAAGGCCAAAGAAACCCCCAGUCAGAGGUUGCAGGGACCUGCCUGACUGACAUCUGAUCCAGGAAGCAAACUUUUCCAGUGAUGAGGGGACCCUUACAUUGAAGAGACUCAUGAGGCAUGUGUUUGAUGUACCCCAACAAUACAUAAGUGCUGCUCUCUAGGAAUAAAGUACUCUGUUGACAAGCUCGUGUAUUAGCCAUGGUGAAGUGCUGUGGUGAAGAUGGAAGGGAGAUGUUAGUAUCUAUGAGAGGCAUUCUCCUUAUAAGAGUAUAUCUCAAAAGGCAGCUGAAGAAAUGACAGCUGUUAGAAAAUAUUUUCAGGACAUUUUUUUUUACCUGACUUACUGACAGUUUCUGCAAUGUAUUUUGAUAAUCUGUAAAUAGAUGCUUUUAAAGAAAAGAAGAAAGUAUGAAAUCAAGCAUGGAU